GAACAAGGUCGAGUUGCAGAUAGCCCACUUGGCCAGCUUGAUCCAUCGAGAAUAACUCAUAUGGUUGUUGAUCAGGUUGGACUUGGAGGUUCUACUGCUCAACAAAGCGAACGUUUUGUAGUACCUGGGCCUCCACAUCAGGGGAAAGUGGCUGCUCGGGGGGCCUCAUCGGACACAAACAGCCGAGUUGUUGGCCAGACGAAGACGCCCAGAGUGCGCGAUAGGAACGCAGAACUGGCUGAAUCGGAUACUUUUGCUGCCUGA